AUGGUUUGAUGCCAUUCCAUUCGCUCUGUUCCAGACGUUAUUAUGAGCCGUUCUCCCCUCAGCAGCCACCACUGAUAUGUACAGUCUUGUACCCUUAAUCUUAUUUGAUUUAAAUCKGACUUUAUUAAUAUAAUGCGUAAUCCCAGAAUGACAUGAGAAAAUAGCAAUUCUACAGAUCGCAAUGACUACAAUGAAUGGCUAAAUUACUUCCGGACAGGAAGGGUCAACAGAUCUCCUGCUACUCUAUGAGGGGACACACUUUUCACGCCACUUCAAAGUGAUUUUUGCAAACUCACCCUUUCCCUAACCUUAACCUCAGACUCCUAACCUGCUAUGUUAAUUAUCCUAACCUGCUACUAAAAAGUCACUAUGGUAUCGAAGUGGCAUGAAAAUAGUGCUUCCCGUCUAUCGGAGAGCACCCCUUAACCUCUUACAGUGAAAAAAAAUGUCAUGCUAUUGUUUGAGGAGCGUGCACAAUUAUGAACUUGAAAAUGUAUUAUUAAACAGGAACAGGAAUAGACAGGAACUGACCAUUUAUUUGUAUGUAUUCAUCAUCUUUGUUUUAGCCUAGCGCGAUUGAUUGAGACCUGCAAAGCUUUGUGGGAUGUACUCAAAAGCCAAUGAUUAAAUAACCAUCUAUAUCUUAAAGCGAUUUUUAUGCGCACUCAGAAAAGUUGUUACAUUAUGAUGAACUUUGUGAAAUAUGUUUUGAUAACAUUUGGUCCAUAUGAGAAUGUGUUCUUUUGUUCAAUAAAAAAUAUCCUUCAUUUUUAUUAUAUUGCAGAGUAUUAUGAUAUAAAAAAUAUAGCAGAGUGCCUGACUAUUCAGCUAAUUAUCUACCAGUGAUGGAUGAUGACUGGAUUGGGAGGAAGGUUUGGAUAAAGAAUGUAGGGAUGAUAAGGGACCAGAUAGGGGGUAAACAGGACAUGCAAGGUUUUGCCAUGUGACAGGCAGAUCCCUAGGUGAGCAUUCCCUGUGGAAUGGCAGGUAAGUUUCCUGCUCUACAUCAUACAUGAUCCACACAAAGCACAAACCAAAGGCAGGGGAAUACUGUGGACUUAAACCAGGUAAGACUCCACUUUAUCCUUGUUUCUAUCUUAAUUGUAUCCUCUUUAUCUUUAACUCUGCCUUGUUGGAAAAGGACCUGUAAGUAAGAAUUUCACUGAUAGUUUACACCUGUUGUAUACGAAGCAUGUGACAAAUAAAAUGUGAUUGAUUUAAUUUGUAAUAUUGAUUAAGUCACCUAUUACAAACAAUUGUAAUUAACAAUUGUCUUACAUGUAACUAACAUAUCUUAUAUGCAACUAACGAGCUGCUUUUUAUUGGCAGAAAUCCUAAUAAAGUAGGGUGUGGAGCUAUGCUGUGUGAGGCCUACUCUGACCACUGGGGUGGUCACCACACAGGGUUUCACUGUCCCCGCCUCUCUGACCCCCCUGACCUGUCCUUCUGUUGCUGGCUGGGAGAGGGGCUGGGGCUCAAACAGUGCUGCCCACGUUCCCAGUACCACAAUAGCAUGAACAGCAGUCAGACAGAGACCAGAGCGAACUCCAAAGAACCUGUUUACAGCUACAGGUCCCUGUUCCAGACUGUGGUUCUGCUCUAUGGGUCCUUGGUACUGGUCCUGAUGCUUGUGGACUUCCUAUGGUUCUGUCGUUUACGGGGUCUCUCAGUAACGUCAGCUCUUACGAGGCAUGUCACGUGUCCCCGCUGGAUCUCUAGCCUCCUCUUCCCCUACAGCAACAAGACACAGCAGCAGCUCUACCGCUACCAUGGCAAUGGGAGGGACUCACAAGUCCUAGGUGAGCACAAGAUCCCUCAAGACUCCUCUUGUCUCUAAGGUAACAGAAGACACCGACAACAGUCAGGCAAUUUGGCUGACCCAUUAAAGACUGAGAGUGUCUUAGGGGAGAAAUGUCCAUGCCAAGUUCUACAUUUGAGCAUUUGAAUCCCUUGAUGGCCAUCAAUUUAAAACAACAAAAAACUGGAUAACAUACUGCCACACUAUGGCAUAACAGGGUGUUUUCAUGCAUAUGGAUCACACCAAAGUAUAUAGGGAUAAUGAGUGAUCAUAAGAUAUCUUAUGGUUUUGCUUGUAUAUUUCCAAUGUGUAUAGUUUUAAUAGGUACAUUUAUUCCCACCAAUACCAGAUUUAUUAGGAUAUACAGUGAAUCAGUAAACUACUUUGUCUCUAUACUGAGCAAGAGGGCUCAUACCUAAUGCCCUGCAUUGGGUGUCUACUUCAGGUAAAUGUAUGGAACAUUGGAUGAUACUGUAUGAUAUCUAUGGUCUGUCUUUUGUCAUCAUUAUCAUAAUGAAAUACAAUGCUUCAUACUAAAUAAAAGGUAACA